GCUUCUGCCUGGCGAAGGUGGGCGAACUAGUGGUGGCCAGGGAAUAGGUUACCUGUGCAGGUUCUGGCGCUCCGGUUAGUUACGUGGAAGUCGUGUCACCGAGACUGUUUGCUCCUUCCGUUUACCAGAGCAUCUUCCCGUUGGUGAUACUGGCGCAGAUUUCUGCCGGUGACUCUGUCAUGCCGAACUCGCGGCCCAGGCCCCGCCGGGGCGCCGGGAGUGGCGCCGGGGCAGCUGGGCGGGACGAGCUGGUGUCGCGGUCCUUGCAGAGCGCAGAGCAUUGCCUGAGUUCGCAGGACUUCGGCACCGCCUAUGCCCACUACCUCCUUGUGCUCAGCCUGGCGCCGGAGCUGAAAGACGAUGUGAAGGAAACUUUUCAGUAUACGCUCUUCAGAUGGGCUGAAGAACUUGAUGCUCUCAGUAGAACACAAGACCUACUUGGCUGCUAUGAGCAAGCCUUGGAACUGUUUCCUGAUGAUGAAGUGAUUUGCAACAGUAUGGGGGAGCAUCUCUUCAGAAUGGGCUUUAGAGAUGAAGCAGCUGGGUAUUUUCAUAAAGCAGUGAAGCUAAACCCUGAUUUCAGUGAUGCAAAGGAGAAUUUUUAUCGUGUUGCAAACUGGUUGGUGGAACGCUGGCACUUUAUCAUGCUUAAUGACACCAAAAGGAACACGAUUUAUAACGCAGCAAUCCAAAAGGCGGUGUGUUCGGGCUCCAAAAGUGUUUUGGAUAUUGGAGCAGGAACUGGAAUACUUAGCAUGUUUGCCAGGAAAGCUGGAGCACAUUCUGUCUAUGCCUGUGAGUUAUCCAAGACCAUGUAUGAACUUGCCUGUGAUGUAGUGGCAGCAAACAAGAUGGAAGAAGGGAUCAAACUCUUACACAUGAAGUCGCUUGACAUAAAAAUUCCAAAACACAUUCCUGAAAGAGUGUCCCUAGUUGUAACAGAAACUGUCGAUGCAGGUUUAUUUGGAGAAGGAAUUGUGGAGAGUUUGAUUCAUGCAUGGGAGCAUUUACUUUUGCAGCCAAAGACCAAGGGUGAAAAUGGUAAUUGUGAAAAAUAUGGGAAAGUUAUACCAGCAAGUGCUGUUAUAUUUGGGAUGGCAGUAGAAUGUGCAGAGAUAAGAAGACAUCAUAGGGUGGGUGUUAAGGACGUUGCUGGAAUCUGUUUGCCAACUAAUGUGAAAUUUCAGAGCCCAGCUUAUUCUUCUGUAGAUGGAGAAGAAACAAUUGAACCUUAUACAACCGAGAAGAUGAGUCGAGUUCCUGGAGGAUAUUUGGCUUUGACAGAGUGCUUUGAAAUUAUGACAGUAGAUUUCAACAAUCUUCAGGAAUUAAAAAGCCUUGCAACUAACAAACCUGAUAAGAUUGGUAUCCCCGUCACUAAGGAAGGCAUACUUGAUGCCAUUGUGGUUUGGUUUGUACUCCAGCUUGAUGACGAGCACAGUUUAUCCACAAGUCCUAGUGAGGAAACAUGCUGGGAACAGGCCGUCUACCCUGUUCAUGAUCUUGCAGACUACUGGAUAAAGCCUGGGGACCAGGUGAUGAUGGAAGUGUCUUGUCAAGAUUGUUACUUAAGAAUCCAGAGUAUCAAUGUCUUCCAUUCAGAACAUGAGAUGGAGGGGGGGAAAAGUUUUACCAGGAAUAAAGACUUGCUGUCUUUCGGAAAUGAGGCUGAACUCUGUAGUGCUCUGGCCAACCUUCAGACCAGUAAGCCAGAUGUUGUGGAGCAGACGUGUGUAUUGGAAUCUACAGAAAUUGCUUUGCUUAAUAACAUCCCAUACCAUGAAGGCUUUAAAAUGGCAAUGAAGAAAGUGUUGUCUUCAUUGACUCCGGAGAAACUGAGUCAGGCCAUGGAUACUCAGUGUCAGAAUAACGAGAUGAGCUGUGAAAGUGGACUGAGUAAUGCUGACCGGAGCAUCCCUGAGCCUUUGUAUGUGUUAGAUGUGUCUGAGGGCUUCUCUGUUCUGCCUGUGAUUGCUGGCACCCUUGGGCAGGUUAAACCUUACAGUUCUGUGGAGAAAGACCAGCAUCGUGUCACUCUGGACCUCAUAUGUGAAGCCAAUCACUUUCCUAAAGACACACUUGAGUUUUGGUUGAGACACGUGGAAGAUGAGUCUGCUGUGUUGCAAAGGCCAAAAUCAGACAAAUUGUGGAGUAUAAUUAUAUUGGAUGUCAUUGAGCCAUCUGGACUCAUUCAGCAGGAAAUAAUGGAAAAGGCUGCAAUAUCCAGCUGCUUACAACCACCAUUCUACUCUGCUCCUGAGUUCGACUACUCUGCAUCAUAUGACUGGAAUCAUGCAGUUUUGUGUGCGUGUGAGAGACUGUUUAUGUCACUUAGCAUCAUGUUCUCCAGGUUCAUCCAUGUUGUAGUACAUGUAAGAAUUUCCUUCCUUGUUAAGGUGGAAUAAUGUUCCUUUGUAUGUAUUAUGUUGUCACAUUUUGCUUAUCCACUCAUUGAUGGACUGAUAGUUAUUUUAGUGGGAAACAACUUAUAUGCUGCCUACAGUCCCUUUUUGAUGUCUCUCUCAGUAGAGGGAGGGGUCCUACCAGUGGCUUGGGUGGGACGGGGACAGUGUGUUGCAGGAUGUGUGGCACCUCUGGUGACGCAACGCUAGUAGCAGGCUUCCCUGGUGGUUCAGUGGCCAGGAACCUGCCUUCCAGUGCCGGAGACAUGGGUCUAGUCCCUGGUCGGGGACGAUCCCACAUGCCGCAGGGCAUCUGGGCCCGUGCACCACACCUGCUGAGCCUGUGCUCCGGAGCCCGCGAGCUCGUCCUCGGCAACAAGAGACGCUGCUGCAGUGAGACGCCGCUGCAGUGAGAUGCUGCUGCAGUGAGAAGCCUGUUUGCUGCAACUGGAGAGCAGCCCCUGAGCUCUGCAGCUGGAGAGAAGCCUGUGCUGAAGACCCAGCACAGCCAAGAAUAAAUACAUUAAUUAAAAAAAAAAAAUGCUCAUAACCCUUUGACCAGCCUGUUAGCCAGGGUUCCCCUUCUCCCCUCGGGACGCCUCCUGAGUAACGGGAGAGAACCAGUCCUCCGUCCCUUCAGCCUAAUAAGCUUGUGCACAGGCUCCUUGCCAGCUCCUCUGGAGGUGGACACGGCUUCCCUUGGUCCUGGGGCCAGUGGUGUGCAGACUCUCACCCAGGCCUUUCAUUAUCAUCUUUAGUUACUGACAGCAGAGAGGCCUCAGGACCAGUCAAAGAGGAUGAAGUUCAGGGUUGGGAGGCGAGAUUGUUUUUAGGAUAAGGAUAAAAGGCAUCUGUCACAUCACUGAAUACCAGCCCUCCCAAAGAAAGGUCAAGGAAAAAACAAGCCAUUUCACAAACUGUUAAGUUCCUUUGUUGUUACUGUUUUAAAAUGUUUAUUCUUAAUUAUUUUUUCAGUCCCAGUAGAUUAAAAUACAGGAGACAGUUUAAAAGCUUGGUGGACUUUUUUUGUUUUUUAAUUUAAACCUGUUUUAAAACACUUUUGUGUUGGAUCACAAGGAAACAGUGAAGAGUUUCUUCAGAAUUUUUGCCAUUUAUGGUUAGACUUUUGAGUUGGAACAAUUUUUAUUUUUUUCCUUGAAGGCACAGAUGGUUCAGAAAUAUUAUUGGCUUUGCAGAGGAUUCCACUGAGGAGUCUGGCAGCUGCCUUGGUGUGACAACAAAACACUCAGUGUCAGGAAAGCCAAGCAGAGCUUCAGGGAGUUACUGUUUUAUCUACACAUAAGUAAGACACAUUCCCGUUAGUAGUGGUAACACUGGGUCAAGGAGGAUUUGUACAGGAUUUUAGAUUAAAAUAGUGUGAACGUGGCCUUUUAAAAUAAUCUGCAUACUUGCUUUCGUGACGUGUUUAUCUCUGGCAUGGCUUUUAGUACAUGAUCCAACCUUUCUGACUUUUUAGGUAUCCCCUGAUGUACUUUUUACUUUGUUUAGCCUGAUUUUCUGGUUACUCCCUAAGUGAUUUAACUGUAUUACCCUCCCUCCUGUUCUGUCUCCUAUAGAUUUUAUGGCUAGAAGGCUGGCUGUUACUAACCUGUGUGCUUUUUGUUUACUGAUUUCAUAGAACAGUACCCUCUUGUGGCUAUAUAGGGGUGGAGGGAAUUAGUCAAGCAUCAUGCAGGGCUGUGGCUUAGUAUCGCAUGUAAGACUUUGUGAUCUUAAGAAAAAUUAGAUCUGGUUUCAUUUAAAUGGAUUACAAUUAGCAGAUAACUUCAGUUCAGAAAAUUUAGUACCUUGAGUUGUCAGGAAUAAACUUGAUCCAUUUGAGGGAAAUGGGUAAGUUUUUUCAAUUCUUUAGGGAGAUAUUAAAAUUGUAUAUGAUUUGGUAAAGGCAUGGAUUGGAAUUUUUUUAAGAGCUGUGUGAUUGUGAGCUGUGUGAUUUUGUUGAGGUAUGUGAUUUUACUAAUUGUGUGGAGAUUCAGUUUCUACUAGACUUUACCCAAAAUGCUAAGAGUUGGUAGGACAGGAAUAAUGAAAAUGAGUAAAGCAUUGGGGUCAGUGGGGUCCACUUUUAGGCUAAUUUAUGUAAGAACUUAUCACAACUUAAAUGACCAUGUACUUCGUGCAGACAGAUCUUCCUGACUUCUGAUGAAGACUUGUCUCAGUCAGUCUGAGGCCAUGACACUCAGGAUUCAUCUCUUUCUUUGCUGUUUCUUUGCUCAUGAAAUGACCUGGUUAUGAUUUGGCUCCCUGUCAGCUAGUCUUUAGGGCAGGCUGUUAAUGAGAGCAGCCUGUUUAACUUUUGUCAACUUCUCUGUCAGGUUUUUACUUUGAAAAAUGUCAAACUUAAGAAAAAUUGCAAGAAAAGGUACAGCACACACAAGACUGUUUUCUCUGCUGAACCAUGAUGGUUGUUGGCCUCCUGACCUUCCCCCUUCACUUUAACAGCUGAGCACGUGUCUCCUUAGAACAGGGGCUUUCCCCUACAUAUCGCAGUAAGAUGAUCACACUCAGGAAGCUUAACAGAGAUCAAAUACUAUUAUUUAACAGAUAGUCUGUGUUAAAAUUUCCCCUGCUUAUCCCAGUAAUAUUCUUCGUUGCUUUUUUUCCUCCCCAGUUGAGUUCUAAUCAAGUGGUCUGUAUUACAUUUAGUUGCCAUGUCUUGUGACUGUUAUUGAUAUUCAGGUUUUAGAUCAUUUUAAAUGGUUGAGAUAAUCAGUUUAGUAAAAACAGAAUUAAUAUUAAAAUAAUUUGAAACUUAAGAGCCGAAGUGCCAAAGUGGUUUUGAGGAAUGUGAUGUUUUAUAGUUUGUCAAGAUUUUAAUGAUCUUUUCAGGAAAACUGCAUAGCAUACAAUUUUAGAAAUGUAUAGGAGCUAAUUUUUUAGGUAUGCACAAAUGUAUGUAUUGGUCAAAAACUCUGUCCUGUAUUUUUAUAAAUAGAUCCUUACUGACUAGAAAUAUUUAAUAGUAAAAGCUUACUAUGAAAGGUCUAUAUGAUAGUAUGAAGUCCAGCUGUCUGUAGUAGCAGCCUGUCUAGAAGUUCAAGUGGAAACCGAUUUGGAUUGUUCAGUAAGGAUGAGGGAUUUAACGUUUGAUUUCAAAUGUGGCAAAUGAUUAAAGUACCUUAAUGUAUCUUCCACGCCUCUUUCAUUGGAUGGCGGCAGUGACCCUGCCCCCCAAGCCCGCCCCACACUGCUCUCACACCUCCCAGAGCUCAUGGGUGUGGAGACAAGACUGUAUAUGUGGGCGUGGGAGCUGCCUUGGCCUGAGCGCCUCAUGUUUCAGAUGGGAACUUCUCCCAUAGGCGUAGCUUCCAAGCUCUAGCAAUAGGAACAUGUGGUUACAAGUUACCCCACACUCCGGGAAGCCCAGAGGUGGUGUACCUUCCCAAUGGACGUUUAUAGUGUAUAGUUUUCCUAGUUCAGGUGCAUGUACCCAUUAAGAAACAUUUAAAAACUUUUUUUUUUUUAAAUCAUAAGCAGUGUUGUUGAUAACUCAGCUGACAUUCCACCUUUAUAGAAUUUCCAGGGAAACAAAAGUGAAUCCAAGAUAAUUGUAGGAAGAGAAGGUGUUUUGUUAGCCCUUUAUUCAUACACUUGACUUCAGAGUAUUUGGAUUUUUAAUCACUUUUUUCUUUCAGUGUUUAACUUUUUAUUCUGAAAUAAUUUCAAGCUUACAGAGAAGUUAGAGAAUAGUACAAAAAACCACACAUGAACCUUACAUCCAGGUUCACAGA